ACACUUUCCACUCACGACCCUUUCUCUUUCUGGUUGAUUGUCAACCGUCUCGAGCUUUUGCAAUCCUCGUUUUCGAACUUGUUGCGUGUUCAAUCACCCCACUACACCCAAAUAUCAGCUCCUGCUUUGAGAAUACAGCCACGUAGCAAAAAUGACGCUCUACUACAGUCUUGUGUUCCUCCUCCUGGUCACGGAGAUGCUCAUCUUCUGUGCCCUGAUCGUCCCCCUGCCGUUCACCUGGCGUCGCAGGCUGUUUGCGUUCAUCUCCGAGAGCCCUAUAAUAGCGAAACUCCAGUAUGGAAUGAAGAUUACCUUCAUAUUCAUAUUGAUCCUGUUCGUUGACAGUGUCAACCGCGUCUACCGCGUGCAGGUUGAGUUGGCCGGCGGCGAUGGCAACGAUACCCGUGGAUCAAAUGCUGCACUUGGUGGCAUUGAGCGCAUGGAGGUCCAGGCCCGCAAGUUCUACUCGCAGCGCAACAUGUACCUCUGCGGUUUCACCCUCUUCCUGUCUCUCAUCCUGAACCGAACCUACGUUAUGAUCCUCGAUACCCUCCGCCUCGAGGAGGAGCUCAAGAUGAUGAAGGGCGACCCGAAGGUGAAGAGCGGAACUUCCUUGAAGGAUGUCGGUGGUGCCGGUGAGAUUGGCGCUCUCAAGAACGAGAUCGCGGCCAAGGACCGCGACAUGGAGAACCUGAAGAAGCAGGUUGAGAGCAUGCAGCAGGAGUACAACCGCAUGGGCGACCAAGUGUCUGGAAGCACUUCGUAGAUGGGAACGGCAACCUGAGACACGGCCAUGGCAUAAGUAAAGCUGACGCGCUCGAAUACGCGUAACGUCAGCUUCACUCAGGUGUUUCUAUUCGAGGUUUGGGGAGGAAUCGACUGUGUAUUCAAACUUUUGGCGCGAAGGGACUACACAAGUAUUGGCAGAUGACGCAUACGCGGUUGUAUUGUUCUAUUCUGGCUCGCUAUGAUGAGGUGUGGCUGGAGCUAGAUCCUGAUCAUGAGAAGUAAAAGCAUUUAUAUCAUUCGAGCAUGCUCUGCCUU